AUGGCAGAUGGCGCAGCGCAAGAGGCGCGGAGGUAUCAAAUUAAAAGUUUUUUGCGAAAAGAAGAAAAACAAAAAAGAGGCCUCGAGCCUCUUCCUGUCUUCUUCUUCGAAACCGCCAGGCUACUGCUCUUCAACCCCCUAGUGCAGCCGCUAGGGACAGAAGUUCUAUGGGAAAAAGAAAAAGGGCUCGUGCUGCAGCUGUGGGAUCGGCGUCAGGCCAAAAUAGCUGCUGCUCUGAGCGCUGCCAACUUGGACGAGCAGGUCAUCCGCAUGGACCACAUACAGCCUUCUGAAACUUACAUGCUGUCGCAUAUGCGCAUGGACGACUAG